AUGGCAGAAAAAUUAAAUAGUUUUGCGAGUCGAUUAUCUCAAGGCACACCGAAAGGCUUAGGUUUAGGUGUGAAGGUCCUCGUCGGUGCAUCAGCAGUUGCAUAUGGGAUCUAUCGAUCGAUGUUUACUGUUGAAGGCGGUCAUCGUGCGAUUAUUUUUAAUCGUAUUGGUGGUAUCGAUCAAAAUACAAUCUAUUCAGAAGGAUUACAUUUCAGAAUCCCAUGGUUUCAAUAUCCAAUUCUCUACGAUAUUCGUGCCCGACCAAGUAUUAUCAAAUCGCCAACGGGCAGCAAAGACUUACAAAUGGUCACUAUCGCACUUCGGGUUCUAGCUCGACCUGAUCAAACGAGACUGCCAAAACUAUAUCAAUCAUUAGGUGUUGAUUGGGAUGAACGAGUCUUGCCGUCAAUUUGUAAUGAAGUCUUGAAAAGUGUUGUAGCUAAAUUUAAUGCAUCACAACUGAUCACUCAACGACAACAAGUAUCGAAUUUGAUUCGAAUAGAUCUUAUUGAGCGUGCGAAAGACUUCGAUAUUUUACUCGAUGAUGUCUCGAUUACUGAAUUGAGCUUCGGCUCACAAUAUUCAGCGGCAGUUGAAGCGAAACAAGUCGCUCAACAAGAGGCACAACGAGCAGUAUUCACAGUCGAACAAGCAAAACAAGAACGUCAACAAAAAAUUGUUCUUGCGGAAGGUGAUGCCGAGUCAGCUAAACUUAUUGGCAAUGCAAUUAGUAAAAAUCCUGGUUAUUUAAAACUACGAAAGAUUCGUGCAGCACAAAAUAUUGCUAAAACGCUUUCACAAAGCACGAAUCGUGCAUUUCUUGAUGCUCAAGCUUUAAUGAUCAAUGUUGCCGAUCCAAAAUUUGAUGAAACUACUCAAGAUCUUGGACGCAAACGACGAUAA